AUGCACAGCAUAGAGGCGGCACGUGAGGCAUACGGACGGCGCGGGGCGCCGGGGUACGGACUGGCCAGGCUCAUUGCCCGGCUACGGGGCGAGGUGCCGACGGCGGCUAGGACGGCCAAGUACGCGACGACGGGAAGCGGACGGCGGGCGGCGCGGGCGCGGGUGAACGCGCUGCAUGACCGCAUCAAGGUGUUGGAGCAGACGUUUGACACCAAUCUGGAGCGAUGGUGGACGCACUCGAUAGAGGAUACGGGGAGCAGCGGGGCGACGGCCGAAGGGCAGGACGCCGAGGACGCCGCCAUUGCACUAACGCUGGCGACCGAGUCUUCGCCGGCGGUACUGGCGCUGCGGUCGGCACGGCGGAGCUCGCGACCGAUGACGGCACCGGCGCAGUGUGGUGGUGAGAGCGGAGAUCGGAAGAACAGCACGCUGGUGCCACCAACGUCGCCGCUGGCGGCGCGGGCGGUGCAUCUGCAGUCGGCGCGGGUGCGGUGGGAGCACGACUUGGCUGAUCUGCGGGCGCAGGGGAGCGGCGGCGGGGCCGAGCCCUUUGUCUACGAGCCGUUUUGCAAUGUGGCAAACGAGCUGUUUGCGCUCCCGCGGUCGAUGCGCAAGUCGCGGUCCAUUGUCUCGGUCGCGUCGCGGUCGUCGCUGCGGCCGACCACGCCCGGGCCGGGUGGCAACAGCGGCGAGCGGUCGGUCCGGGUGGCCAAGCGGAGCCACCGACUGUCGCUACUCUCAGCAGCGCCGACAACCACGUUCUGGUUCGACGCGCUCACACCUUCUGAUCUCCAUGACGAGCUGGAGCUGCUCAUUGCGGCGCUGUUUGACGCGGUGCCGCUCCGCAAGGCAUGUAGCCUGUUCUUCCAUGAGGUGCCGCUGGCAUGGACCAUGAUCCGCGACAUUUACGAGUGCGAGGACAAGCUGCGUGCACGUCAGCUCGAGCUCCGCCGCUCGGUCGGCUCUGACACGUACAAGCUGAUGACGUCCAAGGCGGCGCGUGCGGCGUGCAGUGAUUCGCAAGCGUUGGCUGCAGCCAAGACACGAGUCCGUCAACAUUCAGUCCGGCUCCGCAUCCUGGAGCUUGUGCGUCUCGAGCGAACCAUCAUUGACUCCAAGGCGCUCCUCCUCCGCAAGUUCCACCAAUGGCGGCACAAGUUCCUCGCCCUUCCUGAUCAUGCCGAGCUUGUCGAACGGCCACCGACGAGCGGCUCGCAGCGAUCACGGACGCCGACCCGUCCGUAGACGUUUGCAGGAUCCGGGGAUCUGAGCUGCUGCCAGGCUGUAUCUGAUGUCAUGCGGUAGUGGCAAUGAAGACAGAGAGUGUUCGUGA